CAAGCCGAUAACUACUCCAUUCUUCUGAUAACACUGUGGUGGGUCGCAUUCGGCCGCAAUAAUGAGAUCUCAUCGUGAGGCACGGCAAGGCCUGGCAUGUCGCCGAUUACGUGAAGGCGUCACGGAUGAGAAUGGCCGAUAGCUUGGUAGAUGAUGAGGAAAGGCUAUCGCGAGAUGCUCCGCUGAUGGUACAUAUAUGUUUGCGUCGCAAAGCCUGAGUAUCGUCUACGUCAAAACUAGUAUAUCCUCUAUUACCAGGUCUUACCUCCCAGUCUUCAAGUACUUUCAUCAUGCCUGAAGUUUAUGCCGCACCACCUGACUAUGCCUUCCCACGCGAAUUCAAAGGUUACGGCGAGAAGGGUCUUCAGGGCUUAAAAUGGCCCAACAAUGCCAAGGUUGCCGUGUCUUUCGUCAUCAACUAUGAGGAGGGCGGCGAACGCUCUGUGAUGAAAGGCGAUGGAGUUUCCGAGAUCAACCUUCGUGAAUACCCAGCGCAACACAGAAUAAACGAACGCGACUACAGCGGCGAGUCAGAAUUCGAAUAUGGUUCCCGUCGUGGAUGGUGGCGUAUCUUCAAGCUGUUCAACGAUUACAAGAUGAAGUUUACCCUCUACGCUGUCGGCUCAGCCGUAGAAGAACAACCAGAGGCUGUCAUCCGAAGCGUGGAAGAAGGCCAUGAUAUCGCUUCUCAUGCUUACCGCUGGAUAGACCAUGCCAACCUCUCUGUGGAGGCUGAGAAACAGCACAUCAGAGAUGGUAUCACAUCAUUGAAGAAGCUUGCUGGCUACGCACCAAAGGGAUGGUACUAUGGUCGUCCAUCACCACAGAGCAGAGCUCUGAUUCCGCUCGUAUAUGAGGAGAUGGGCGAAGAACUUCUAUGGGCUAGCGAUACAUACGCCGAUGACCUUCCUUACUGGACCGACCUGCCUCACGAGCGUGGCAGCGCAAACCCCAAAGGUUGUUUGAUGGUUCCCUACAGCUACGACUGCAACGACUUCAAAUUCCACUGUCAAGGAACUGGCUUCCGCAGCUCGGGAGCUUUCUACGAGCAUUUGAAGAAUGCUUUCGAUGUGCUGUAUGAGGAGGGCGAAGCGGGUGAGCCAAAGAUGAUGACUAUCGGGUUACAUUGCCGAAUCAUUGGCAGGCCAGGAAGGUUCAAGGCGCUUCAAGACUUUGUGAAGUAUAUCUCGGAAAAGGAAGGGGUUUGGGUUGCGACUCGGACUCAAAUAGCAGAGUCUUUCAGAGAACAGUUUCCUUACAAGAAGGGCCAGCUCGCGUAGAUAAUCAAUAAGAAAUUGUUGAAUGUUG